AGAUCCCUCAACACAGUUCUCAAGAAAAAGAUUUCUUCGCAUACAUCGAUCGUGAACUGCCAAAUUCUUUUUACCACAUGCAUUAAAUUCGGAAUUGUUGUAAAAAUUAAAACACUUUCUGGCAGACCAAUAUAUUUUAGAUCUAGACCUAAGACAGAAGUAUUAUCCUCGAGAUGUGUUUCUUUAGCUGUAUAACACGGUUCCUGUUCUUUGUUUAUGGCACUUUGGGACCGGCUUGGCACACAUACAAAACACUCAACAGCGGAGACGAGGAGUUCCUGGCCUGGGCCAAGUACUGGAUAGUCUACGCCUUUCUGGUCACUAUCGAGGUGCUGGCCGACAUCUUCUUGUCGUGGCUGCCGCUCUACAUGCCCACCAAGUUCCUUUUGGUCCUGUGGAUCGUCCUAAGUGCUCCGUCUGCCAAUGUUUGGAUAUUCGACGCCAUCCUGCGUCCAAUAUUGGCCAAGCGGCAGGAACAGAUCGAUCAUUUCUUGCACCAGGGCAAGGACAAACUACUGAGCGAUGCCCUAUCUUCGAUGACAAAUUUGUUAUCCCGCAGUCAAACCGUUGUACUGCCCUUUAUGACCCAUCUCUGGUCGAGGUCGAAUAGCUCUCUGCCGAACCCUGUGAGUUCCAACGACUUGGUGGACGCCACUGGAGGAGGAGGAGGAGGUGGAAUCAUGGCUUCGGAUGACACUGAUUCGGCAUCCGCCUCGAUCCGCACGUCCCCACAGAAUCUGUCCAGUGGCUCAAGUCCUGCAGACAGCUUAAUGUACGUCAACGGUAAGUCUGAAGAGUUCCAGGUGGGCAUUUCGAAGGCCACCACCCAGUUGCGCUCGGAUCAAUCCGUGAACGAUCUGGCGAAGAAGAGCAUCUUGUCGCUGCAGUCAUCCGGAAUCCUUAAUCGCCGAGUUCAGCGCAAACCAAAAGUAUUUAAGGUGUCUAACGAUGAGUCUGCCACCGGUAUUUCCUCGCUUAACGCUCAGAAAGACGACUUCCAUGACGAUGUUGAGGACCUGCUGGCCAAGUCGAGGACAGAGGCUAAUGGCCAGGAAGUCCGUCAGCAACGUCAACUGGCCAACCGUCGCCGUCUCUAGUCAGCAGACCGCCCCUUUGUGCACAACCAGAUGGUAAAUGAUUAUAAUUUAAACCCCAAAUGAGGGUACAAUUACUUCGUUAAUGAGAAAUACAAAUU